CCACUGACACUACAUCUUCAGGCAGGGUAUAAAUUGACAGCUCAGUACCCAAGGCAGCACCCAGCCAAUUUCAAUCACAGCAGCCAGCUCUCUUGUGCUGUCCAGACUUAACCUGCCAACAUGUGUGACGAUGAGGAGACUACCGCCUUGGUGUGCGACAACGGCUCAGGGCUGGUGAAGGCUGGGUUUGCCGGGGAUGACGCCCCCCGUGCUGUGUUCCCCUCAAUCGUCGGUCGCCCCCGUCAUCAGGGAGUCAUGGUUGGUAUGGGUCAGAAGGACUCCUAUGUAGGUGAUGAAGCUCAGAGCAAGAGAGGUAUCUUGACACUCAAAUACCCAAUUGAGCACGGUAUCAUCACCAACUGGGAUGACAUGGAAAAGAUCUGGCAUCACACCUUCUACAAUGAGCUCCGUGUAGCCCCUGAGGAGCACCCCACCCUGCUCACUGAGGCCCCACUGAACCCCAAGGCUAACCGUGAGAAGAUGACACAAAUCAUGUUUGAGACCUUCAACGUCCCAGCCAUGUAUGUCGCCAUCCAGGCUGUGCUGUCCCUGUACGCUUCUGGCCGUACCACAGGUAUUGUUCUGGACUCCGGUGAUGGUGUCACACACAAUGUCCCCAUCUACGAAGGUUAUGCUCUCCCCCAUGCAAUCAUGCGUCUGGACCUGGCUGGCAGAGACCUCACCGAUUACCUCAUGAAGAUCCUGACUGAACGUGGCUACUCUUUCGUGACCACAGCUGAACGUGAAAUUGUCCGCGACAUCAAGGAGAAGCUGUGCUAUGUGGCUCUGGACUUUGAGAAUGAGAUGGCCACCGCUGCUUCCUCAUCUUCCCUGGAAAAGAGCUAUGAAUUGCCCGACGGCCAGGUCAUCACUAUUGGAAAUGAACGUUUCCGUUGCCCUGAGACCCUGUUCCAGCCUUCCUUCAUUGGUAUGGAGUCUGCUGGUAUUCAUGAAACUACAUACAACAGCAUCAUGAAGUGCGACAUUGACAUCCGCAAGGACUUGUACGCCAACAACGUCCUGUCUGGUGGUACCACCAUGUACCCAGGUAUUGCUGACCGUAUGCAGAAAGAAAUCACUGCCCUGGCUCCCAGCACCAUGAAGAUCAAGAUCAUUGCCCCACCUGAGCGUAAGUACUCUGUAUGGAUUGGUGGCUCCAUCCUGGCCUCCCUGUCCACCUUCCAACAGAUGUGGAUCAGCAAGCAGGAGUAUGAUGAGGCAGGUCCCUCCAUUGUGCACAGGAAGUGCUUCUAAAAAGGUUCACAUUUUUCUCCAUCAACAUUUACACCGUACCUCCGACUCAAGACAUCAAGACAUUGGCAGUCACUGUACAGUUUGUUUACACUCCAUCAUAUUUAUUACUUUAUAAAUAAAACAAUUGCCGUUAUUAAGUCAA